UAUCCUAGCAGUUGUCAAGUUACUAACUUUAGAACAAGGUUGAGAGGUCUGAUCCUAGCAGUUGUCAAGCUACUAACUUUAGAACAAGGAGCAGACCAAGAUCUAAACAAAUACCUUCCAUUCUGCAGGAGUAAAGUUUGGGACUCGGAUAUAACCUGGAAUACAGAAUAUCCAGACUUUACUUCAUGCUUCAAGUUCACACUUCUUAUUUAUAUCCCUGCAGGGAUACUCUUUAUAGGUUUCCCAUUUGAGAUAAACAAGUGUUUGACUUCAAGACAUCGACUUAUACCCUGGGGAUUCCUGAAUAUAUCUAAGAUAAUACUGGUGUCAAUACAGAUUGUUCUAGCAGUUUUUGAACUCGGACUCAUCCUAGGUCCAGGGAUCAAGCAAACUCAGUUGGAAGUUUCUAUGAUAGUUGCACCUGUUCUAAAAAUAAUCUGCUAUUCGGGGGUUAUCGCCUUAAUUCUUCUAGCAAGGGUUAAAGGACAGGUUUCAUCAGGUGUACUCUUCCUAUUUUGGUCUUCAUUAAUUUUUACAUCAAUCCCUGGCUUCAGGGAUGCCAUCCAGACCAUGCUGGAGACAGAAAGGGUUGAAAAUAGUGUAGUGAUGCUAUCACUGACAGUAAUAUUUCAGUAUAUAAUAACAGUUUCCUUGUUUAUAUCUUCAUUCUGGGCAGACCAGAGACCAAAGUAUAUUGAUCUGGACGAUGAUAUUGACAAUAUAACUCCUGAAGUAUUUGCUUCCUUCCCCAGCAAACUUGUUUUCUACUGGUUUGAAACCUUGGUCAGGAUUGGUUGGAAAAGAGUGAUUUUGCCUGAAGACAUUUGGGGAUUAAAAAUGGAAGACAGGAGUAAGACUAUAGUAUCAAGAUGGGAGAAAUUCUGGAAACCAUAUGACCAAACUCUAACUCAAAGCAAAUAUCCUUCCGUCUUAGUCGUGUUAGUUAAAUGUUAUGGAUGGGAUUAUAUACCUGGUACACUUUGCUAUCUAAUCUAUUGUAUUGCUCUGUUCAUUCCACCACAAAUAGUAAACUACAUUAUAGGUUUUAUUGAAUCAGAUGAGCCUUUCUGGCAUGGGUAUUUUUAUGUAGCAGUUCUUGGUAUUUUCAGCUUUAUUUCUUUAGUUUUUAAUCAUCAAUCUUGGUACAGACAGCAAAGUAUAGGGCUUCGUGUUCGAACAGCACUAACUGCUGCUAUUUACCGCAAGUCUCUAAAGUUGUCUUGUGGAGCUAAAAAUCAGAUACCAACUGGAGAAACACUGAACAUGAUGUCAAUAGAUACACAAAAAUUCUAUGAAUUUGUUUCCUACAUCAACUUUAUGUGGGCAAACCCUCUGCAGAUUAUUCUAUGUAUUUACUUUUUAUGGGGAAUUUUGGGUCCUUCUUCACUUGCAGUUUCAGGUGUAGCAGUUUUGGUAAUGCUUAUCCCCAUAAACUCAUAUAUUGGCAGAAAGAUGAAUCAUUACCAGAAAUUACAAAUGAAGAAAAAAGAUCAGCGCACAAAAUUUUUAGAUGAAACUCUUAAUGGAAUAAAAGUUCUAAAGCUUUAUGCCUGGGAAUCUUCUUUUAAACAAAAGCUUUUAAGAAUUAGAGACAGUGAGGUUCAAAGUCUCAAGAAAGUGGCAUUCUUUGAUGCCAUCACAAACUUUUUGUUCAUUUGUACUCCAUUUCUGGUAGCAAUUUCAAGCUUUACAGUGUAUGUUCUGGUUGAUGAGAAUAACAUUCUGGAUCCACAGACCGCAUUUGUUGCCCUCACUUAUUUUAACUUGUUAAGACAGCCUUUAAGUAAGAUUCCAAUGCUGAUUCUGUUGAUUGUCCAGUGUAAUGUAUCAACAAAGCGAAUAAAUAAGUUUAUGAACAAUGAGGAAUUGGAUCCAUUGAAUGUGACACAUGAUGAAGGUUUUGACCAUCCAGUGUUUGCCGAGCAGGCUGACUUUACUUGGGAUGAUGAAUCAAAACCUAACUUAAAAGGAAUCAGUAUGAGGGUGGAAGAAGGUUCCCUAGUAGCUGUUGUUGGACAAGUUGGUUCUGGAAAAUCAUCCUUGCUCUCUGCUAUGCUAGGGGAAAUGAAGAGGGUGAGAGGUGCAAUGAACUUGAAAGGAAAGGUAGCAUAUGCUGCUCAGCAAGCUUGGAUUCAGAACAGCACACUUCAAGAUAACAUCACAUUUGGAAAAAGGUUCAACAAGGAUUUAUAUGACAGAGUUAUUGAGUCCUGUGCACUAAAGCAAGAUCUGGAAAUGCUUCCAGGUGGGGAUCAAACUGAAAUUGGAGAAAAAGGAAUAAACUUAUCAGGAGGUCAGAAGCAAAGAGUAAGCAUUGCAAGAAGUGUUUACAGUAAUGGUUCAUUGUAUCUUUUAGAUGAUCCUCUUUCUGCAGUAGAUGCUCAUGUUGGAAAACAUAUAUUCAAAAAAGUGAUUGGCCCAAAGGGAUUAUUAAAGAACAAGACUAGAGUGCUUGUAACCCAUGGGGUUAGUUUUUUGCCAGUAGUUGAUAAAAUCUUUGUGAUGAAAGAUGGAGAAAUAACAGAAUCUGGGUCUUAUAAAGACCUCCUUGACAAGAAAGGAGCCUUUGCUGAUUUUCUUAUUCAAUACCUAACAAACAAUGAAGACUCAGAAAAUCCGGAAACUGAGACAGAGCUCUUAGAUUUAAAGUUUGAACUUGAAAACACAAUUGGAAAAAAAACAUUGGAAACUAGGUUAAGUAAAGAAAGAUCUGAGAAAUCAUCACUCAAUUCCCAAAUAUCAUCUUUGACUGCUUUAGAGUCUCCUGCUAAACAUACAUCUGAAAAUAUAACUAACAAGGCUAACUUUUCCCAGUUAGAAAAUUUGAAAAAUGUUGGCAAAGAUUUAAUUGUUACAGAGAAAACUGAGGUUGGAAAUGUUAAGUUUUCAAUCUAUUCCUAUUAUGCUAGAUCUAUUGGUUAUGCCGCAACCAUAGCAAUAUUGGUCUGCUUUACCCUUAAUCAAGGAUUUGCAGUAGGAUCAAACCUUUGGCUCUCCAGGUGGUCAAAUGACAUCAGGGCAGCAAACGACACAAGGUUAAGAAACAUGUACCUCGGUGUUUAUGGUGCUCUAGGAGUACUUCAAUCAGUCUUUGUACUAAUUGGAACAUUAUUGUUUUUAAUUUUUUCCCUGGAAGCCUCAAAAUUAAUGCAUAACAGUAUGUUAGAAAGAAUCCUGAAGGCUCCAAUGUCAUUUUUUGACACAAAUCCUCUUGGAAGAAUUCUCAAUAGAUUUUCAAAGGAUAUUGAUGCCAUAGACUCCACUUUACCAACAUUUGUCAGAAGUUGGAUAAAUCAGCUUCUGAGCGCCAUAGGAACUGUUAUAGCCGUAGUGUUUGCCAUUCCUGUUUUUAUUUUGGUCUUUAUUCCGCUUGUAAUCCUCUUUGUUAUUCUUCAGAAAAGCUAUAUUACUACAGCAAGACAAGUAAAGAGGAUAGACUCUAUUUCAAAAUCACCAAUUUUUAAUCAUUUUGGAGAAACCUUAUCUGGAAGUGCAACAAUACGGGCAUUUGACAAGAUUGAACAAUUUGAACUGGACAAUCAAAGACAUAUUGACUACAACCAAAUGUUUACAAUUCCUUCCUAUUUAUCCAACAAGUGGUUAGGAAUUAGAAUAGAAACCCUAACUGGCAUAUUUCUCACUCUUGUUGCACUAUUUUCUGUAAUUUUCAAGGGUAAGAUUGAUCCUGGUUUGGUGGGAUUAUCUUUGAGCUAUGCUGUCAGCUUAUCUGCUGUUGUUUAUUUUCUUGUCAGAGAUUCAGGAGAUGUGGAGACUAAUAUGGUGUCAGUAGAAAGAAUUCAAGAAUAUCAAGAAGUACCUCAAGAAGCCCCCUUUGACAUACCUGAAAAUGAUCCAGAACCAGAAUGGCCAGAACAUGGUGAAGUUUGGUUUGACAAUUACCAAACCAGAUAUAGAGAAGGAUUGGAUCUUGUACUGAAGGGUAUAGAUUGCCAUAUUUUGAGCGGAGAAAAGGUUGGUAUUGUCGGUAGAACAGGAGCAGGCAAAUCUUCAUUGACAUUGGCACUUUUCAGGCUUAUAGAACCUUCUGGAGGGUCGAUUCUAAUUGAUGGCAUACAUAUUUCUCAACUAGGUCUAUCAAAACUAAGAUCAAGGAUAACAAUAAUUCCUCAAGACCCAGUUCUCUUUUCUGGAACUAUCCGUUCCAAUCUUGACCCCUUCCAACAGUUUACUGAUAGUAAAGUUUGGAAAGCCCUGGAGCAAACUAAUCUGAAUGAAAUGGUUUCUAGACAUCAAAAGAAGCUAGAAUUUGAGGUAUCUCAAGGUGGAGAAAACUUAUCAGUCGGACAAAGACAACUGAUUUGCUUAGCAAGAGCAUUACUAAGAAAAACAAAGGUGCUAGUUCUUGACGAGGCUACUGCAGCAGUUGAUUUGGAGACUGAUGACCUAGUACAGGCAACCAUCAGAUCAGAAUUUGUUGACUCUACUGUUAUAACAAUUGCACAUAGGUUGAACACAAUCUUGGAUAGUAACCGUGUGAUGGUUCUUGAUGCUGGAAAAAUAGCUGAGUUUGAUUCUCCACAAAACCUUAUGAAAGAUACUAGUUCAAUAUUCUAUGGAAUGGCUAAAAAUGCCGGAUUAGUUGCUGAUUAGUAGAUUUUUUUAUUCUAAAAUUGUUAAAAUUUUAACAAACCAUAUUCAAUGUUUUUUAUUUGUUUUUUUUAGGGUCAUGACAGAAGCUUUGUUUAAAAAGUA